AUGACAAACCCUACUCUGCCAGAGAAUCAGGAUCUUGAUGAGGAGGCCUAUGACUCCGCUGAGGAUGAAGAUUUCGAGCUAGACGCGGCACCGGACGACUCCGACUUAUCCUCCGAUGCCGAUGAGGCCGCAGAACCCGCAAAGAAGAAGCGAAAGACAGACACCCAAUCUCAGAUCCCCAAGGAUGCAGAACUCGACUCCGGAGAUGAGGCUACAAUUAGAAGAGCGAGGGAGAAGAAAGAGAAGAAGACCAAGGGGAAGAAGCCCAAGGGCAAACGCGCGCGCGAUAGCGACGAGGACGAUGGCGACAUUGACAUGGACGACGAUGAAGGAGGAACCGGGGGAUUCGUGCGAACACGCGCAAUGAAACAGCAUAUAACAGCGCAAACCGCUGGCCAGGAUCGACGGCGCGACCGUGGACGUGGACGCCCUAUGGGAACAGAUGAAUGCCCCCAAGCCCAUACCGGCUUGCAGCCACCCCAGACCCAGCAGAUACCCGAAUCCGCCCCAGCACCCGAACCAACAAGCGAAACGAAAGCACAGGACCAGGGUGCCAAACAUGCCGAACGCAUAAUAGGCCAUGCCGCGCACGCCGACCAGAUGAUCAAGAUCAAGCGCACAUACAAGUUUGCCGGAGAAUGGAUCACUGAGGAAAAGGUCGUGCCCAAACACUCGGCGGAGGCUAAAGCGUUCCUGUCGAGUGGGGAGAAUGUAGAAUACACCGACGAGGAUGCCGCAGCCGCAAACGCAGCUCGUAACCUUCGGCGACCGCUUCGCAAGAUCUCGCGAUUCGACCCCAACCCGACCGGCACGAUUAAGAAGAGCUGGGAGAAGCAACUCGUUACCGAUGACAAGGAUGCGCGCGGACCCAAAAUCAACACUGUGGAGAAGUCAAGACUCGACUGGGCCUCGUACGUCGACUCAGCGGGUAUCAAAGACGAGCUGCGUACGCAUAGCAAAGCUAAGGAGGGUUAUAUCGGUCGCAUGGAUUUCUUGGGUCGUAUGGAAGACAAGAGGGAAGACGAACGGCGGGCUGCACGGCUCAAGGGCACAUGA